CUCACAUAGCGACCCUAGUCUAAAUUCCCAAUUGUGGUAAAAGUCGUGUUUAAUUAAGCUCAAACAAAAGCGCAAAAGACGAUUGAACGAGUGACACUGUGGUGGAACACUAACAACCUUUUAUAUAUAUGCGCGAAGAGCAACUGACUACUAAACUAAAGCAUUUUUGUGUUGUGUUUGGGCGUGUGCAAAAGGAAUGCCUUUGUGGUGAAAAUAAGUUAAGGUUGGUCGUUGGUUGUUUUGUUGUGAUGAUGCAGUUUGUUUCUUAUUUUUUUACUUUCUUAUACAUGCAGAAAUUCUCUUUUCUUAUUUCCAACUUUUUUUUAUAA